AUGACAAAUACGGGUCCCUGCUGCCUGAGGCGAGCCCACCUGAGACACCUGGAGUUCCCACUCACCAGGGAGGAGGUGGCUCUGGCAUCUGGAGGCGUGGCUGGCAUCUCCUCACCCACAGCCCGCCAGGAAGGAGACAAAGCGAGCCCUGAGCUGGCUGAGUGGCGCCUCUUCCUGGCGGAAAGUCCCAGGAAGUGGGGCCAGGCCCCCCACAGGGGAGCCCCAGGGCGGGGAGUUCCUGGGCUGGCCAGGCCCGGCGCCACAUUCACCGUGGCCAUUUGUUCCCAAGAAAGAGGGACCACUGUUGGGGUGGGACUUCCCGCCUGGCCAGCCCCCAGCACACGCCACCUCUGA